AUGUCACGCAGUGAGGCUGAUCGUGCGCGUGCUCUUCUAGCUUUUAGUAAAAGCUUUAAAAAAGUGCGCAGAGCUCAAACAGCGGCUCCGAGGAGACGACGGCGACGUCGCCGUUUACGUAGACGGCGAUGGCGAUCAGCUCCGGAGUUUCAUAUAAUUCCACGUCCAAUUAUUCGUCAGAGAAGUAGUAGCAUAGGUGAACCAGCAGCUGGAGGGGUUGUUGCUGUGCCUGAAGAGAAUGCUUCAUCAAACUUAGGCAAUAAUGCUUCUGUUGCAAAUGGAAGUAUAAGAAAAAACAAUUUGACAGUAGGCUUAAGACCCAAAGUCCAAUUACUUGAUGUGUACAGAGAGCGACGUUUCCUUUCGACUGUGUUGGAUGGUGGCCAGACAACAUCAGCAAAUGCUUUUUAUAAAAGCAUUGACGCUGCUCCAAAUAUGAACGUAACGCGAACGAAGACAAGUAUACCGUUAGUCUCGGAGCUGACAAUGGCUACAAAGAGAGCGCAAGCAGGCUUAGCAAAUGCAGCUAAAACCACAUUUGGAGAUGAGGAAUUGAAAAAUCAUGUCUACCGCAAAUGUCUUCAAGCUUUAAUAUAUCCAAUCAGUUGCACCACACCCCACAACUUUUCCACAACAAACUUUCAAACUCCGACUUGGUGUUAUGAGUGCGAAGGAUUACUAUGGGGUUUAGCUAGACAAGGUCUGAGAUGUACUGAAUGUGGAGUGAAAGUGCACGAGAAAUGUAAAGAUCUAUUGAGUGCGGAUUGUUUGCAAAGAGCUGCUGAAAAAAGUUCUAAACAUGGAGAGGCCGAUCGAACACAAUCGCUCGUAGCUGUGAUAAGAGAUCGAAUGAAAAUCCAAGAAAAGAACAAACCAGAAAUUUUUGAAACGAUACGAAACACAUUCGAAGUUGAUGAGAAGAGUCAGCAGGAAACUCUGAAGCAGGUUAAAACGAGUAUCUUGGAAGGAAGUAGCAAAUGGAGUGCGAAAAUUACUUUAACAGUAAUGUGUGCUCAAGGACUGAUUGCAAAGGAUAAAAGCGGAAAAAGUGAUCCUUAUGUGACUGCUCAAGUUGGAAAAGUGAAGAGAAGAACUCGAACUAUCCACCAAGAGUUAAACCCAGUGUGGAACGAAAAAUUUUUUUUCGAAUGCCAUAACUCAACGGAUCGGAUAAAAGUUCGAGUUUGGGAUGAAGACAAUGAUCUGAAGUCUAAACUGCGACAGAAGUUAACACGUGAAUCUGACGACUUCCUUGGACAAACCGUCAUAGAAGUUCGUACUUUGAGUGGUGAAAUGGAUGUCUGGUAUAAUCUAGAAAAGAGGACUGAUAAGUCGGCUGUUUCGGGAGCUAUCCGAUUACAUAUCAGUGUUGAGAUAAAGGGAGAAGAGAAACUUGCUCCUUACCAUGUACAGUACACAUGUCUUCAUGAGCAUCUAUUUCAAGCUCAUUGCAAUGAGAUUGAUGAAGUUCGUCUACCGGAAAUCAAAGGUGAAGAAAGCUGGAAGAUUUACUUCGAAGAUAUAGGCCAGGAAAUAGUUGAUGAAUUUGCUAUGCGUUACGGAAUCGAAAGUAUCUAUCAGGCUAUGACUCAUUUUGCUUGUUUGUGUACAAAGUAUAUGAGUGCGGGAGUUCCAGCAUUCCUUUCAACUUUAUUAGCGAACAUUAACGCAUAUUAUGCUCAUACGACUGCUACUUCUGCUGUAUCCGCUUCUGAUCGGUUCGCUGCCUCAAACUUCGGGAAAGAUCGUUUCGUAAAGUUAUUGGAUCAGUUGCACAACAGUUUACGGAUAGAUCUCUCAAUGUAUCGGAAGUAUUUUCCCUCUUCCUCGUCUGCAAAACUGCAGGAUCUCAAAUCCACAGUUGAUCUUCUAACGUCCAUCACUUUUUUUCGUAUGAAGGUUCUCGAACUGGCGAGUCCACCGAGAGCCUCCAGUGUUGUCAAAGAGUGUGCGAAAGCUUGUAUGCAGGCUACUUAUCAAGUCAUGUUUGAAUCAUGCUGUGACGAAGUUGCUCCAUCACCAGAUUCAGUCCAAUUUUGGUUCACAUUCUUAGAUUACAUCAUGAGAGUGAUAGAGGAUGAUAAGCACAUUUAUGCUCCAGUGUUGAACCAAUUUCCACAAGAGUUAAAUGUUGGACAGCUUUCAGCCGCCACCUUAUGGCAAAUGUACAAGACGGAUUUGAAAAUAGCUUUAGAAGAACAUGCUCAAACAAAGAAAUGCUCAACGCCAGAUUAUAUGAACUUAUAUUUCAAAGUGAAAGGAUUUUAUUUCAAAUAUGUCGCAGAAAUGCCACAAUAUAAGCAGACUAUUCCCGAAUUUCCAGCUUGGUUUAUUCCGUUCGUUAUGGAUUGGUUGAAUGAGAACGAUGAGCAUUCAAUGGACAUUCUUCGAAAUGCCUACAACCGCGACAAAUCUGAUAACUUUCCGCAAACUUCUGAACACACUAAGUUUUCAAACUCUGUUGUUGAUGUCUUUACACAGCUUAAUGAGGCUCUCAAACUACUCAAACAGAUGGACUGCCCUAAUCCUGAAGUUUAUGCUGACAUGAUGAAACGUUUCAGUAAAACAUUGAACAAGGUUCUACUCGCUUAUGCUGAUAUGGUUCAGAAAGAUUUUCCGCGAUUUGCUGCGAAUGAAAAGCUUGCUUGUAUUUUAAUGAACAAUGUGCAACAGCUUCGAGUUCAAUUGGAAAAAAUCUACGAGAACAUGGGUGGAAAAUCUUUAGAUGAAACUGCUAGUGCCGUUUUGACACAACUUCAGAAAAAACUGAACUCAGUUUUAGACAAGCUGUCAGGACAGUUCGUUAUAACGCUUGAACCACAAAUUCAUGAGAAAGUAGUGCAACUUGGAGCUCUAUUAUCCAAAAUAAAAGGUCCACAAUUACAAAAAACUCAAGUGGCUGCUGAUGCGGAUGCUGUACUAGAUCCACUAAUGGAUUUAUUGGAGGGUUCUCUUCAACGUUAUGCGCAACAAUGCGAGAAAACAGUUCUAAAAUACAUUUUGAAGGAGUUAUGGAGAGUUACUGUUGUAAGCAUGGAAAAGCUGGUAGUUCUUCCUCCAAUGUCGGACAAAGCGAUUCUCAAACAGCUUCCCAAUGCCAAAAUUGGUGAUGUGACUAAACUGAUGUCUACGAAUGUGACAAACAUAAAAGGCAUGAGCUCAUUGAAGGAUGUCUUGGAAAGUUGGCGAGACACAGAACGCUCGUUGACUCCCAAGCAAUGUACGGUUCUUGAUGCAGCAUUAGAUGCAAUCAAAGAGUGUUUCCAUGCGGGUGGACAAGGUUUGAAAAAAUCUUUCUUCGAGAAAAGCCCUGAGUUACAAUCUCUGAAAUAUGCAUUGAGCUUGUACACGCAAACGACGGAUCAGCUGAUAAAAACUUUCAUCACGAGUCAGAAAAACCAAGGUAAUAUCCUUCACCAAUUUUCUGAUUCUGAAUUCUUAUUCGAACUAUAG